AUGCCUCGUCGAGUUGUAGAAUCUGACUCUGACGCCUCUGAAGGCGAGGGCGGGUCCAACCGCCAAACCCGCCAGACCCGAUCGAACGGAGUGCGAGUCAAGCAAGAAAAGCAGAAGCAACGCGCGACGACUGAAGAACAGGACGAUGAUGAUAUGUACGGCGAUGAGCCCACACAAGAGCAGCGGCGCCAGGCUGAAGAGCAACGCGCGAAUUCUCAGCAUUCGGACGACGAGGACGAGGAGGGUACCCCUCGUGGCAACAAGCGCCAAAGGGUGAACGAUGCUGGCGAUUCCAGGUCGACCUCGAGCCCUGGCCCAUCCGGCGAGCGCGACGAAAGUGCUCCUCCUCGCGUUAAAGUCAAAACUCUGCCUCGCGAUGUCGACGGCUUUAUUCCUGGUUCUAUUGUCAGGAUUCAGUUGAAAAACUUUGUUACCUAUGACUUUGUCGAGUUCAGGCCUGGCGCUUUCCUGAACAUGAUCAUUGGACCCAACGGUACGGGUAAGAGCAGUAUCGCCUGUGCGAUUGCUCUUGGUUUGAACUUCCCGCCCAAGAUCCUUGGACGCGCAACUGAGAUUAACGCCUUUGUUAAAAACGGCACCGAGAGCGGUCAUAUCGAGAUUGAGUUGAAGGGCAAGAACAAGAGGAACCUUGUGAUCCGUCGCACCCUAUCGGCCAAGGACAAAAAGUCCUCAUUCACUCUGAACGGCGAACCCGCAACUGGGAGGGAGAUUAAUGAGAAGAUGGCAGAGUUGAAUGUCCAGGUGGAAAACCUUUGCUCUUUCUUGCCUCAGGACAAGGUGUCUUCAUUCGCUGCAAUGACACCUCAGCAACUGUUGGUCGAGACUCAAAAGGCUGCUGGAGACCCCAACCUCACCAACUGGUUCGAGGCCCUGAAGGAAGAGGGUGCCGUCGAGAAGAAGCUGAGACAGAAACUCAAAGAAGACGAGGCAAAAUGCGAGCAGAUGCGCCAGCGUAACGAUGGUAUUGCCAGGGAUGUUGAACGUUUCAAGGAGAGAAAGAGGAUUGAGAAAGAGAUUGAGAUUCUCAACGUACUUAUCCCACCUGCCAAAUAUCGGGAAAUGCGGAAGGAAUAUCUCGUUCUUAAACGUAAACAAAGAAAGCUACACGCCAGAGUCGUGCGCUUGAAGAACAAGAAUGCCCCUGCUCAUGAAAAACUCGCAGAGUUGGAAGUCGAAGUUAAAGAGGCGGGAAAGAAGAGGGAAAAACUGAAGAAGGCUCUCGUUGCGACUCACGACGAGAUGAAGAAACGCAAGGGUGAUUGCGACAGCCUCGAGCGCGAGUCUGAGAAACUCACGAACGAGUUGGAUGGCCUGAAGAAAGAGGAGAGACGACGGCAGUCAGAGAUCUCCAAGCUAGAAAGCAAUAUUGCCGAGAUCGAAGCAGAGCUUGCCCAACCGAAGCCUGAGGACAUUGAUUGCGACGCCAGGGAGGUCAUGGCGGAAAGAAAAGAGACACAUACUCUCAUGAUGAACAAGAAGCUGGAGUUCGACCGGCUCAACGAGGAAACGCAUGGACUCAUUAAACAGAAGGUGCAUCUUGGUGGAAACAUCACGAAUGUGCAGAAAUCAAUUGCUGCAUUGGCCCAACCAGAACAGGCCAAGUUCGAAAACUUGAGGCAAUGGGACUCGGAUGUCUACGAAGCUGUCCUUUGGCUGAGGCAAAACAGGAAUUUGUUCAAGAUGGAGGUGUUUGAGCCCCCAAUGCUGUCUUGCUCAGUCAAGGAUAUGUCCUUUGCCGCUCAUAUCGAGGCGUGCUUCAGCGGCAAUCAACUGAAGACAUUCGUCACUCAAUGCAGAGAGGAUCUUCACACUCUGAACAAGCACAUUAACGACAGUGCUACGAAGGAUGGCAGGAGGAUAAGAGUCCCUACUUGGUGGCGAACUGGAGGGGUGGCGCGUCCUCCGAUGACCCCUGAACAGUUGGCCGAGCUUGGGUUUGAAGGAUACGCUAUCGAUUUCCUUCGAUUCCCCCAGGGCAUGCAAGACUUUCUCACUCUUGAAUUGAACCUUCAUCGAACGGCUAUUUCGCGGAACCCGAACGUCGACGUCAACCGCGCCAUGGACUACGUUGGUCACGGUGGAGGUGGAAGCUUUAUCAACGGCUAUGUGAUGAACACGGUUACGCGUUCAAGAUAUGGUCGCAGGGCUAUCAGCAAUCUUACCAGGGAGAUCUCUCACAAGCCCCAUAGGUUUGGUACCCCUGCAGUCGAUCCCGCCGUUGAGGAGCGGUACCAGGCGCAGAUAAGGCAAUUUGAAGUGGAGAUUGAAGAACUUGUCAAGCAAAUCAACGUGAACGAUCCUACACUUAAGCAGCUCUCGGCCGAGCUCGAGCCCAUGAAACAACGCGUGGCCACACUGGACAGGAAAAUCGCUCGAAUGAAAAAGUGGGAAGACGACAGGCUCCGCGUUGAGGCCCGCUUGACCAGAUUGAAGGAGAAUCUCACCAAACUACGUAAUGCGCCGCCAGUCGACGAGAAACGAAAGACUCUCAAGGCCUUGCUCGUCAAGGUCUCAGAGAAGCGAGUCAAGUUGGCCAAGGACAUCCUAGCUUUGAGCCACAAGAUGAUGCUCAAGCAAAUAGAGUGUUCCAAGGCGGGUUUUGAGCUCCUCCAACUCACUGCUAACAAGGACCAUUUGAAAGCCUUGUGUGACGAGAAGGACGCCAAACACCAGCAGGCGGGCCAGGAGUUCAAUAAAGUCCAUGCCGAAUUCACUGCGCUCAAGGCGGAGGUGAGGAAUUUCGUCAACGGUGAACUCCACAAGACGAUCAGUGAAGCCUCUGAGGAAGCACGAGAGAUAUUCAAAAAAACCGAAGAGGCUAUCGCUGACUAUGAACGCAAGGUUAAGAAGGCCAAGGCGAGCGGGAUGCCCAUCCCUGAACCAGAUGGCGUGGACCUACGAACAGUGACUGAGCUGGAGGACGAACUUGCUACACUGAACGCAUCUCUCUCUAUGAUCAUGGCGACUAACCCCGGAGUCUUGGAAGAGUAUGAACAACGCGAGAGGAGUAUUGAGCAACUCAAGGAGACCAUCGACCAACUCAAUACACAGAUUGAGUCGAGUGCGAGAAGGAUCAAAGCGACUAGGGACAAAUGGCAACCGGCUCUUGAGAAACUGGUUGCUAGCAUUGGAGAACGGUUCUCCGCCGCUUUCGAUCGGAUUGGCUGUGCUGGUGAAAUCCGAAUCAGGGAAGAAGAGGAUUAUGACAAGUGGGCUAUUGAGAUUUAUGUCAAGUUCCGAGACACAGAGAAGCUGCAGCUUCUCACUAGCCAUCGUCAAUCUGGUGGGGAGCGGUCGUUGACUACGAUUUUGUAUCUCAUGAGUUUGACGGAGGAGGCUCGCGCUCCGUUCUCAUUGGUGGACGAGAUCAAUCAGGGUAUGGAUCAGCGGGCGGAACGGGUUGUGCACAACUCGAUGGUGGACGUGACCUGCAAAGAAGACAGCGCCCAGUACUUUUUGAUCACGCCGAAGCUGUUGACGGAUCUCAAGUAUCAUGAGAGGAUGAAGAUUCUGUGCGUGAAUAACGGAGAGUGGUUGCCGGAGGAGAGGGGAGUGGGUAGUAUGAUGAAUAUGAUCGAGGGGUAUGUGCAGAAGCGGAACCAGGGUGGUCGGGGUGCCAUUUAA